UUCAACUAUUUGAACACAGAAACGGUGGUGAAGCAAGGCUCGCUGAGACCGCCAUCAUUCAACUCGAGGCAAUAUUCCAGCCGCAUCAAUGACUGGGGGUGCAGCCCCUCCUUAUGAGAGGUUUGAGACUGAGGCUCCACCGAACAAUGUGGCCAAGUCAUAUCACGAUGAGGAUGCUCCCGUAGCACAGAUCGGCCAAGACGUUGAGAUUCAUGUCGCGUCCAAUCCUGAAUCGAGUUAUCUUUUAUUCUUCCAAGUGGUCUUUCCGUUUUCGAUUGCGGGCAUAGGGAUGGUUUGCGCUGGAGUAGUGCUUGAUAUCGUACAGCACUGGAAGCUUUUCAAAGAAGUUCCGGAAAUUUUCAUUUUAGUCCCUGCCCUAUUAGGAUUGAAGGGGAAUUUGGAGAUGACGUUAGCUAGUCGACUUUCUACCCUGGCAAAUCUAGGUCACCUAGAUAAUUCAACUCAACGGAAGGAGGUAAUCUUGUCAAAUCUAGCUCUGAUACAAGUGCAAGCAACAGUCAUUGCGUUUCUUGCUUCAGCUUUUGCAAUGCUUCUAGCAUGGAUACCGCGUGGACAGCUCGACUGGUCCCAUGCUGCCCUCUUAUGCGCAUCUUCCUUGACAACCGCAUGUUGCGCUUCGCUGAUCCUCAGUUUGCUCAUGGCCUUGGUAGUUAUAUUUUCUAGAAAAUACAACAUCAAUCCGGACAAUGUCGCAACUCCUAUUGCUGCUUCGUUAGGUGAUCUGACAACGCUCGCCGUUCUUUCCGUGGUUGGUUCUAUAUUUCUGGAUGCACAUCUCACGGAGUCAUGGCUGAACGUUGCCGUCAUAAUAAUCGUAUUGCUGAUUGCUCCCUUUUGGGUUCGUAUAGCACUGCGCGAUGAUGGUGCAAAGGAGGUAUUAACUGAUGGAUGGUCUCCCAUAAUUUUCGCCAUGCUUCUGAGUAGUGGUGGUGGAUUUAUCCUGGAAAAUGCCGUGCGGGAAUAUCCCAAUGUGGCCAUCUUUCAACCGGUCAUCAACGGUGUGGGCGGAAAUCUAGCUGCCGUGCAAGCAAGUCGUCUUUCGACUUACUUCCAUCAAAGCGGGACGCUCGGUGAAUUGCCAGAAGGGUGGACUCUUCAACGUUUUUACAGCUUUACAAGAGCCUUCUUUUCUAAAGACAGCGACUCGCGAUCUGCUCGAGUUUUAUUGUUUCUUGUUGUGCCUGGACAUAUUGCCUUCAAUUGGCUCAUCCGCGUAUUUCACUUUGGUUCAGUCAUUCCUCCGCACGGUGCUUUAUUCACUAGUUUAUAUCUUUUGGCAGCUUUAACACAAGUUGUGAUACUACUUUACAUCUGCCAAUACAUGGUUGCGCCAAAGUGUAUGGCUCAAGUGAAUGACCGUGUUCUGGUCAAUGGUUACGGAGCUGUUGUGCGUUAUGUAGGAAGUGUGGUGGAUCAUCCUGGAGUGUGGGUAGGUGUGGAGUGGAAUGAUCCUAGUCGUGGAAAACAUGAUGGAAUGGUCAAUGGUGUACGAUACUUCACAACUUCGACACCAAAAGGAGGAUCACUGGUGAAAAUUCAAAAUGUUUGCACUGGAGUAGAUCUACUCACAGCAAUUGUAAAGCGGUAUGCGGAUGAUGUUGAUGAAAAUGUGUUCGUUGUUAGCAGCAAACCAGUGGAAUUGGUUGGGAUGCAGUCUACAUCUUUAAAGCAAAGUAAUGUCCAUCGACUGAGCCACAUAGUUUUGGAGAGUUGUGGUGUCGCAAAACCACCACCGCAGACGUGUGCGCCAUUCAAGAGAUGUGUUUCUCUGAAUUUAUUCAACAAUCUCUUACAACGAUGGGAUGAUAUUCAUGAAAUUUUGAAGUAUUUUCCUGUGCUUAAAGAGCUGGUGCUGAGGAAAAAUCGAAUGGAGUUGGCGAAAGAAGGUCCAGCUUGGACGGACGUGGAUCACCUACAGGAUCUCGUCAUAAGUGACUGUGGGCUCACGGCGGAUUCGGUGAGCAACAUUUUACUGUAUUUGCCUAGUCUGCGAAGUAUCUUCGCCGUCAGCAAUCAUUUCACGAACUUUCGAGUUCCCAGUUUAGCGGGUAACAUUACGACUCUAGAUAUUGGAAGUAACCCUAUUAGAUGCUUUUCAAACAUCUCAGGAAACCUUAGCAGAUUAGAGAAGUUGAGCGUUGCUGAUUGUGGGAUACAAGCGAUCUCCAUCGUGGAGGGCCAGUUUCCCAACCUGAGCACUCUAAAUAUCAAGGGUAACCUAAUAGCAGAUUGGGACUCGAUAAAUCAACUGCAAAAUUUGCCGAACUUAAGGAUUCUCUACAUGGACUGCGAAAAUCUCAGCUGUGUUGCGGGAAUUGAUGUUCAUGAAGUAGUAAUUGCGAAGCUUCCGAAGCUGGUUGAUCUAAAUCGAUUUGAUGUUAGCUCUGUUGAACGACAAUCAGCGGAAGUUAGAUUUUUGGACAAAUACUUUGCUACUGACGAAGUUACUAAAGCGGUACACAUCAAAGACAUCGAGAGACUUACCAAGAUUCACGGUACUGGUGUUGCUGAUGCGAAAAGUAGUGGACUAAAUGUGUUGUCGCUGCCUGUAUGUUGCGAAGGGAAAACCGUACAGAGACGGUUACCCCUGGCGAUAACGGUGCAGAAAUUGACUGAAAUGAUUGGGAAGAUGUUUUCCAUACAUACAUUGAACGUCAGACUGCAACUGGACAAAGGCAUUUACAAUUCACGGCCACACAGGCCAAAAAUGACUACCGAUGGCGUUAGUGAACCAACUCCCAGACAGAUCUUUAGGCAUAUUAUUCGUUGCGGUGUGCGACUUUCCGCUAAAAAUAAGACUGUUUGUUCCGCUGUUCUGAUGAUGCAUAAACUUCUUCAAAGAGAUAUUAGUUCCGCUGUUUGUAAAUAUACAUUAGCCACCGCAUGCCUUGUCUUGGCAACGAAACUUGAGGAAGAUCGUGAUAUAGGUGUAAGGGAUGUUAUUAAUGCAAGUCAUCGCAUACUGCACCCAGACGGGGAUCCCGCAAAAUUAGAUGAUCACAUGUAUGAAGUGAGAAAAGGUGUGUCAGAGCUUACAUUCGUUGUGCUUCGUGAGCUAAACUUCGAUCUCACCUUCACGCAUCCGUUUGACCAAUUAGCACUUUACCUUGACGUGCUGAGAUCUUGGAUGCCAAACGAAUUCAUGAUCUACCCUAUAGCUGACUCCUGCAACGCAUUGCUGAGAGAUUGUUAUUCAGAGCCUGAACUUGUACUGUCUCAUUCUUCAGCUUCUCUAGCAAUAGCUGUGAUCUCAUUAGUGCUCAAAGGUUUUGAUGUUGAUGUUCCUCACAGUCACGACUGGUUUGAAGUCCUUCACAAGUCAAUGACUGAACAAAGGUUAAUGAGAAUUGAGGCUGAGAUAAUUUGUGACGUUUACGGGUUCAAACUGCGAUGAAACAAUAACAAUGAGACAAUAAAUAUUUCCCCAAAUGAUCACAUAUUCUCAACAACAAUCAUGAAGAAGAAUCAAUAUGACAAUUAUAACUACAAGUGAGCUUUGUGCUUAAGCCUUCCCGUUAUCGUCCAUUUUUUGCCAUUGUCCUUGAAUAUUUUCUUUCCACAACGUUAUCU